GGCGGAGAUUCACAGCGGUCUUCUCUCCGGCUCAGUCAGUAGAGAGUCUGGGAGCCACGCUAACACGGUUCACGGAGGGCCAGCUAACUGGGAACAGCUUUCAAACUGCGGUAUCUGUCUAUUUACGAAGCUUUCAUUUACAGCUACGAAUCGGCGCAGAAAACCAGCUUCGCUUAGUCGAGCGUUUUAUGCAGUUUUCCGUUUCCCCUGGAGAUGUGUAGCUCGGAGAUUUAGGAGCGGACAGCGCUGCACACGAAGCCGGGAUGAGUGGGAGCUCCGCGGUGUCCGGCGCGGCGCCCUGCCGCUUCGCCCACUACUUUGUUAUAUGUGGGAUAGACACAGAAACUGGACUGGAACCGGACGAGUUAGCAGCUUUGCACCAGUGGCUAGAAGCAGACCGCCAAGGCAGGGAUCCAGAUGCUGCAGCCACAGGUGAAAACUUUGAGCAGAGUCCCCUGAAGAGGACGUUUAAGUCCAAAGUUCUGGCACGCUACCCUGAGAAUGUGGAGUGGAACCCCUUCGACCAGGAUGCUGUUAAUAUGCUGUGUAUGCCCAAAGGCCUGUCGUUCCGGACGCAGGCAGACCAGCGUGAGCCUCGAUUUCACUCCUUCAUCAUCACUAAGGAGGACGGCUCUCGAACUUACGGCUUUGUCCACACCUUCUACGAGGAGGUGACCAGCCCGCAGAUCUGCUCUGCCAUGCAGACCCUUUACCAGAUGCACAAUGCGGAGCACGCCUCCACCAACGCCCCUUCCUCCUCCUCCUCCUCCUCCUCCUCCUCGUCCUCCUCCUCCAGUAUGGACUCUCUGGCCAGCAGUUUGGACGAGGCCGACUCCCCCACCUCCUCAUCCGCCUCGUCUUCAUCUCGUGCGACGGGCGGCUACGACUCAUCGCGGGACACCCUCUACGUGUCGAAAGCUUUGUGUCUGAUCACCCCCAUCCCGUUCAUGCAUGCUUGCCGCCACUUCCUGUCACAGCUGCACAGAGCUGUUACAGCACCAACUGCCCCCCCUCUGCCACUGGAAAGCUACGUUCACAACAUCUUGUACGAGGUGCCGCUGCCCGCCCCGGGCCGCACACUCAAGUUCCACGGCGUUUAUGAGCCCAUCGUGUGCCAAAGGCCCGGGCUGGGGGAGCUGCCAUUGGCUGACUUCCCCCUUGCAGAGGCCUUCACUCUACUGGGAGUGGAAAACCUAGUCCAGGUGUUCACCUGCACCCUGCUGGAGAUGCAGAUCCUCCUGUACUCACAGGACUACCAGCGGUUGAUGACAGUGGCAGAGGGCAUCACCACCCUGCUGUUCCCCUUUCAGUGGCAGCACGUCUAUGUUCCUAUCCUGCCGGCUUCUCUCCUCCACUUCCUGGACGCUCCUGUUCCAUACCUAAUGGGCCUGCAGUCGAAGGAGGGCACUGACCGCUCCAAACUAGAGCUUCCUCAGGAGGCCAACCUGUGUUUUGUGGAUAUUGACAACCACUACAUUGAGCUGCCAGAGGACUUUCCCCACUUCCCCAACAAGACUGAGUUCAUCCAGGAGCUGAGCGAGGUACUGCUGAGCUUUGGCAUAUCUGCCAAUGCAGGUGCCCCACCACGGACCCGCGGCAGUCCCGGCAGCAACCCCUCGACACCGAGCAGGGAGCGCAAGACCGUUGCCCUCCGGCAGCUGGAGGAUGACGGGCGCAACGGCAACCUGGCAGGGGAGGAACUGGCUGUGCUGGAGCUGCUGCAGGGCAACGCCACCCUGGAGAGACUGCAGGCGCUGACCAAACGCACCGGGGUGACGGUGGCCCGUGUGGACGCCCUGAGGGCUGGAGUCAAAGCUCAGGUGACUGACAGGCAGGGGGGGCGGACAGCAGCUGAAGAGGAGGAGCUAAGGAAUGCCAAGCUGAACGUCCAACUGAGGGAGGUGUUCGCCAGCCGCUUCACCACCAUGUUUGCUGACUAUGAAGCCUUUGUCAUCCAGAGCGCCCCAGACCUGGAGUCCUGGCUCACCAACAGGGAGCAGAUGCACAACUUUGACAAGGCCUCGUUUCUGUCAGACCAGCCAGAGCCCUACCUGCCCUUCCUCUCCCACUUCAUUGAGACGCAGAUGUUCGCCACCUUCAUUGAUAACAAGAUCAUGUCCCAGUGGGAGGAGAAAGAGCCGCUGCUCCGCGUCUUUGAUGCUCGCAUCGACAAGGCCCGCCUCUACAACGUGCGUGCUCCCAGCCUCCGAUCCUCCAGCUACCAGAGGUGCUCCAUCCUUAAGGAGUCUGCCCAGGCCAUUGAGCAGCGGCUGAUGAAGAUCGACCACACGGCCAUCCACCCACACCUGCUGGACAUGAAGAUCGGUCAGGGCAAAUACGAGCAGGGAUUCUUCCCCAAACUGCAGGCCGACGUGCUCAACACGGGGCCGACCAAUAACAAGUGGUCUCAUAGGACGGCAACAGCUCAGCGAAGGAAAGACCGCCACAGACAACAAACAGAGCACCUGAACCUGGAUAACGACCUGAAAGAGAAGUACAUGCAGGAGGCCCGCAGCCUGGGGAAGAACCUGCGACAGCCCAAACUGUCUGAUCUGUCUCCUGCUGUCAUCGCCCAGACCAACUGGAAGUUUGUGGAGGGGCUGCUCAAGGAGUGUCGUAUGAAGACUAAGCGUAUGCUGGUGGAGAAGAUGGGUCGGGAGGCGGUGGAGCUGGGCCACGGUGAGGCCAACAUCACGGGGCUGGAGGAGAACACUCUGAUCGCCAGCCUGUGUGACCUGCUGGAGAGGAUCUGGAGCCAUGGGCUGCAAGUCAAACAGGGGAAGUCUGCCCUUUGGUCCCAUCUGCUGCACUACCAGGCCCGAGAGGAGAAGCUGGAGCAGCAGCAGACUGAGUCACCAGUGUCACAUGUUCCUGAGAGGAGGAAGUCUGACUCUUCCAUAUCGAUGCCAUCUCUCCGUGUAUCUCUCAUACAGGAUAUGAGGCACAUCCAGAGUAUGUCAGAGAUUAAGACAGAUGUGGGCCGAGCGAGAGCCUGGAUUCGUCUGUCCCUGGAGAAGAAGCUGCUCUCUCAACACCUCAAACAGCUGCUGUCCCGACAAGCCUUAACCAAGAAGCUGUACAAGCGUUACGCCUUCCUGCGCUGUGAGGAGGAGAAGGAGCAGUUCCUAUUCCACCUGCUGUCUCUCAACGCUGUCGACUACUUCUGCUUCACCAGCGUCUUCACCACCAUCAUGAUCCCGUACCGAGUCGUCAUCAUCCCCAUUAAGAAGCUAAGCAAUGCCAUGACCACCUCCAACCCCUGGGUGUGUGUGUCGGGAGAGCUGGGAGACUCGGGCAUCAUGCAGAUCCCCAAGAACGUCCUGGAGAUGACCUUUGAUUGUCAGAACCUGGGGAAGCUGACCACAGUGCAGUUGGGUCAUGAUAACGCUGGUCUUCUGGCUAAAUGGCUGGUGGACUGUGUCAUGGUGCGCAAUGAGAUCACAGGACACACAUACAGGUUCCCAUGUGGACGAUGGCUUGGUAAGGGUGUGGACGACGGCAGCCUGGAGAGGGUUCUGAUCGGCGAGCUGGUCGUGCCAAACGGAGAGGAGGAUUCUGGGAGAGGCUGCCGCACACCCCCGCUGCAGCGGUCGCCAUCCCAGAUCAGACGCAUCAGCAUCACAUCACUGUCUGGACGAGGAUACAAACCAACGUCAGCCCAAAUCCAAGAGGCUAUCGGGGAGGCAGUGAACAACAUUGUCAAACACUUCCACAAGCCAGAGAAAGAGCGGGGCAGCCUGACAGUGCUGCUGUGUGGAGAGAACAGCCUGGUGACGGCCCUGGAACAGUUUUUCCAUCACGGCUUCAAGUCCGCACGGCUCUUCCAGAAGACUGUGUUUGUGUGGGACUUUGUGGAGAAGGCUGUUGCCUACAUGGAGUCAGCUGACCAGAUGGGAGACCUACAGGAGACCACAGAGCCCCUGGGGAUGACCUGUCAAUCACUGUGUCACUACAUCAACGCCAUCAACUCCACCCCCAGGAACAUUGGCAAGGAUGGGAAGUUCCAGCUGCUGGUCUGCCUCGGAGCCAGAGACCGCCUGCUGCCCCAGUGGCUCCCCCUGCUGGUGGAGUGCCCGGUGAUCCUGCGGAUGUAUGAGGACACGGCACUGCUCAGAGACCGCACCACCGUCACCGCCCUCAUCGGAGUCCUAGAGACGCUUCACGACUUCCCCAUCACAUUGGAAUCCUCGCUGGUCAAAGGCAUUGACCUUUAACCCCAGGACAAGACUACCGGACAGCCCGCCACUUUCCUCUACUCUGCCCUCUUUUAGCCAGUUGCCUCUGCAAUUAAACAAAUCACCAGUGAAGGAGGAAAUGAGGGAUGUUUAAAUUAAAGAAACUUAGUUACCAAAGCAAAACGUUCCACUGCUUCAUCUGAGAAUUCAAGGCUCAAGCUGGGAUGCAAUAUCAUAACCCCACCUGUGGCUCUGAAAAUGUUUAUCAUGCCCUCCUUCCUUCCAGAUAGCCUUUGGUUUCAGUUCAUUUCAGUACACUAUUAAAAUGACCAUCUCUCACACUACUGUGGCUCUCAGCUCCAAGCUCACUGGUUCCAGCUAAAGAUAAGUCUUUAAAAUCACCUUACAAAUAUAUUGCUUAAGGACUAUUUUCAGUGGCGGAUGAAUCCUCAUUUGGAGGGUUAAUUAACAGUGGAGCUGUAUGGCACAGAGAAAUAAGAUAUAUCAGGCUCUAAACAGCAUUAACAUGUAAUUUCACAACAAGCCUGUGUUUAGCUGAUGUUUUUUCAUAAUGUAUUUGGAAUGAACUGAAACUGGCUGCAGGGAGGAAAGGAAGGAAAUCAGUCUAAAACUGCUGACAGUAAAACAAACUGAUGUGAUGAUAGAGACAGCAAAACCACUGAUGUGGAUCUUUAAAAUUUUAGUAGCAGCAGCAUUCCUUUCCCUAUGUGCUCGCUGUGUAGCCUAACUCUCCUCCUCCAGUAGGUACAGCUAGAUGAACUGUGUGAUGAACUAUCACUGUCCUCACACCAUAGUUACCAUUAGUGUCAGUACGCCUGCCUAUGGGAUGUGGAAAGAGGAGACAACCUCAGGAAGAGACUGACCGAUCACUGACACACUGGAACAAUGAUUAUAGAAAUAAUUGUGAUGGGGAUGGAGUGCUGUUGUAAAACCUACUGACUGUCACACAGUGCAGUGCUGUGGAGUCACCUGCUCUCCAUCUCUCUCUUUCUUUUAAUUCACUGGACUUGUGUUGGGCAUUUUCUCAGCUCCUUGCCUGAUGAACAAAAAAACUGAUCUCAGUGACGUGGCUCAGUGUCAGGAGGUUAACCUGUGGCUGCAUGGACAUUCCUACCAAAGUAUAUAAGCGUGUGAGUGUGCGUGUGCGUGUGCGUGUGUGCAUGCGUGUGUGUGUGCGUGCCCUCAAUUUGUUUUUAUAUCUUCCAGCUUUCCAGUGUUAAAGCUAUGUUCUGGUUUCUGUAGAGUACUGUACCAGUGUGUGUGUGCCUGUGCCUGUGUGUGUAUGUGUGUGUGUGUGUGUGUGUGUGUGUGGUGUGUGUAUGCCUCAUAUUCAUUUAUAAUUUCUCUUUGCCAAUAUUGUCAUUUUAAUGACAGCUAAAAUGUUCAACAAAAGGAUCUGAACUUUCAGUCUCAUGCUCUUCAGCAGAGUUGCUGUUGCUGAGUUUGCUGUCAUCACAUGACCUGGGUAAGGAACUUACUGUAAAUGUACCUUGACCUAAGAUAAUUUUGUCAAAGUCUUAUCCCCAAGGUCAAGAAUGAACUUUUAUUCUCAUACGCAAAAAUGUUCUUUUCUCUAAAUCAGUCUGGUAAACACUGGAAUAGAGAUGCUAACAGUGGAGAGUUCAGAAUGAAUCAGCCACUUGCAGUUUGGACUACUUAUGAAACAUACUGAGCGAAUACCACCCCUUACAUGUAAUUUCAACAAUUAUAAUGCAUCAUUCAUGUCACAUGUUAGGAGUGUAACUGAGAGCUCCCAGCCUCUAAUACUAGAAACCUUUGCUCCUCCCACUAGAUGAAUGACAUGAAAUGUCCCUUUAAAAAAAAAAAAAAUCUCUGUAAGCAAGUGCUGCCUUUGAAAGCUGAUAUGCUAAUAUGAAACAGUUGUAUGUGACACUUAAAAAGUUAGAUUGUUAAUGGACUAGUUCAGCAUCCACGUCUGUGUGAAAAGAGCCCGAAGAGGAAAAGAUAUGGACUAACAACAGUUCAUCUGUGGUACCAAACCAAACUUAGUAUGGGCUGAAAAUAAUACACAUCUUGUUAAUACAAAAAGAACAGUAAAGUUGUUUGUAAGGUACAAGCUGUUUCCCUGUUCCUUCAGUCCGUAUGAUAAACAAACAGGCUAAAUCUUAACUGUCAAACAGGAAGAAAUAGAGAAUUUGUUUGGGGGGUAUUUUCAGUAUUGGAUUAAUACACAGUCAAUUCACUGAUUCAUGUGGGCAUUUACUGCACUAAAGAGGCUGGCUUUUUUUUGUUAGCAGGAUCAGUUCAUUGCUGGUUUUCAUUAUAUGGGGGUUUUAACAAUAACAAUUAUACAUUAUUUUUUAUUAAUGAUAUUGUUAUAGGCUACUAAAACUGUUCAAAUUGUUAAUUCCCAUAUUGCAUGAAUCCAGCAUGACCUCUACCACAUAUAAAAGGAAGGAACAUGAUUUUUUUCUCCUGCGUUUUUAUGUUCGUAGCAGCCAACAGAGAUGGGUGAAAACUCUGAUAACUGUUUUCUUUGGACAACUUUUUGCUCUCUCUUACACUUUUGCUGCAUGAGAGAUUUUGCCACCGUUGCCACUUAAUGAAUCCUUUCUGAGAAAUGGUGUAUAUAUUGUUAUUAGUGCAUGUUGACAUUUUGACCGAGGUGUAUUUAUUGUGACUCUCUAACGAAUUGUAGACGAGAGCUGAAUUUUUUUGAGGGGACAAAAUGUGGUUAUCUUUACGACCUGAGUCCUUGUAGUAUUUUACUUGUUUCCAGUAUUGAGUCCGUAAAGGACAUGGUGUGUUGUGGUUUGCUUCAAAUGUCUUGAUUUCAUGUAUUUAUUAAUUUAACAUCUAUGGUAGGCUGAGAGCAACACUGGUAUUUUAAGUUUGAUAAAGCCUGUGGAAUAACUGGAAACAUUCAUGUCUUUAAAGCAGUAACCACUAUUUCCAUUUCAUGUGUUUUAUCCUGUUUUAACCCUCUGUGCUCCUGCUGCUGUGCUCUUUAUGCCUCACCUGCAGGACUAUCCACAGCUCCAAAGCACAAUAACAGAUUCCUCCAUCUCAUACUGGACUUGUCUGUGUACAAGCUGUUUGCUUACUGAGUGGAUUUGUUACAUGUAGUGUGAUGAGUGGUAUUAACCCUGAGUGGAUCUGCUCAAACAGGAAAUGCUACUGACAGCCAUGACCAGUGGUGGAUGUGCGGUCCUGCUCAUGGCAACAACAUCACCAGACAAAUAGAGUUUCAUGUCUGUGUUGGACUGACUACUCUGUUCUGAUAUUUAUUAUGCCUAUUUCAAUAAAAGCACCCAGUGUGUUAAAGGUG